AUGGUAGUAAAAAAGAAUGAUUGGCUGUUUAAGUAUGUUGGUGAAUAUAAUGGUGCAGAUAAAAUGAUGGCUAAUAAUUCAGCUCUAAAUGAAGAAGUAUAUUUGUAUGACCAAAAAAUUGACCACUCUGAAAACGAUAUUAAAACAAACGUAGCGAUUCUAAUUGCUGCUGAUGAGUUAUGUGAUAAAGACCUGUGUACUUCUAUCGAAAAUUAUCUUCUUGACAACAAAAAAUUAUUAGAAAGGUGUUUUGUUCUCAUCCAAAAUGUCGCAUCCCAAUUUACUCAAUUUAAUAAAUUGGUUCGAUUCUGUAAGAUUGUUAUUAAACGGGAUCCCUCUAUAAUCUUCAAAGCUGACGAUUUCACCGAAAUCAAACAAGAAAUCCUCCUUGAUAUUCUUGUGAAAGACAAGCAUUCUGUGAAAACGAAUGACAUAUGGGAUAAUUUAAUGAAAUGGAGUAUUGCACAAUCUGAUGAAUUACCAUCAGACAUUACAAAAUGGACACAAAAUGAUGUAUCAACAUUUGGAACAAUUAUUCAACCAUUUAUACCAUAUAUUAGGUUUGAAAAUAUUAGCACCAUAGAUUUUGUUCGUAAAUGGAAGCGAGUAUGGGAUGGUAUUUGGAGAUGGGAGAGCUGA